AUGGCGUUUUUACCAGAGGCGGUUAGCCGUUUAGGUAAAAGAUUGCUGGGCACAGAGUUAUUCACUCUAGCCAAUACCAAUCGUCUCUUCAUGCGGCAAAGCACUACUCCUGCUAUCUGUUAUGGCGACUGUAAUGCAGCAUACAAAAUUGCACAAUCUGUUGGGAAGAGCGUAGAACUAUGUCUUUCGAAUUCUUCAUUCCAGCUUGCAUAUGAAUCGUGCAAGAACUGCACAGAAGGCAAUACAAAAAGCGACGGAAACAGUACUCAAGAGGAUCAGCUACCGCAAUUCUCACCAUAUUUAGACUUCUGUGGUAAUUUCAGUGAAGGAUCGCUUACAGUUGCUCCGACGUCUACCCCGACGGAUUGCGCAGAACUGUACUCUACACUCAAGGCCCCCAAUCUAUCUCAGAGACGCUGGAAUACUCAAUCGACACCCGAAACUCUGCCUCCAAGACGUGGUCCAAUAUCAUAUGCCACAAUCGUGGGACCUGUUGUUCCGUCCGUCGUCCUGUUAUUAUUGGUAGGCUUUCUUGGUUUCCGUUGGUUCAAGCGAAGGCGAGCAAGCAAAGCUGCAACAGGCCCUGCACCGAAUGAAGAAGAUCCGAAAGAAUCCAAGCCACAGCUACACUCUGAUUGCAUUACACGGCCGACGUUUGAGUUGGAGGGGUCUGUGCCUAUUGUACCUGAUGAUACUGUUCACACGAAAGACAAGGCGGAAAUGUCUGCCAAUGAGCCGGCAGCACAUGAAAUGUCAGGAGAUAAGAAAAUCUCGAGGAAGCCGGUUGGUCUCCAGAUUCCUGGUGGUACCCAAUUAUCGGAGGAUCGACGCAAUAACAUCGACUUGGCCGAGUAA